AACUGUCAGUUGUAUUCUUGUGCGCGUGCAAUAUUGUUCAAACAAACAAGUGCGGUGAUUUUACCGGAUUUAUAAAACACAUACGUCCGUAAUAAACUCAAAAGAUUAAAACAAGAAAUAAUAAUGGGAAAACAAGGCACACCUUUGAAAGAUGCAUUUAUCAGAGUCGUAAAAAAUAAUCUUUUAGUAAUUUUUACUGUUGCCGGAGUAAUAUUAGGACUGGUCCUGGGUCUCGGGAUCCGGGAAGCAAAUCCGUCGACUGACGCCGUCAUGUGGAUUGGAUUACCUGGAGAGAUGUACAUGAGAAUGCUGAAGAUGAUGAUUUUACCUUUAAUCAUCUCUACUGUUAUCACAGGUACCGCAGCCUUAAAUCCGAAAUCUCAGGGGCGUAUCAGUGUGGUAUCCGUGACCUUCAUUGCCAUAGCCAAUACCAUCCCACCAAUUAUAGGCGCUGUGGUCGUUCUCUUAUUAAAUCCAGGGUCAAGUGUGAAGAAGGCUCACACACAACGCACAUCCAGCUCGCCAGUCAUGCAGACUCAAGAUAUUUUUGCGGACCUUAUCAGAAAUCUAUUCCCUGACAAUUUGAUUACUGCAGCGUUUCACCAGACCAUCACAGUGUAUGAAGAAGUGAAUAUAUUUGAUGAGGUAAGUGGCAGCAACGUUACGUCGAUUGUCAAGAAUCUAGGUAGAACCAACGGCACAAAUGUCCUAGGGCUUAUUAUCUGUUGUACUCUGUUUGGUGUCGGCACAGCAUCAGUAGGGCAUCACGGGAAAUAUUUCCUCAACUUCUUUCAGUCGGCGUCGGAAGUAAUCCUGCGUGUUUUACAAUGGCUUAUCUGGUUUACUCCUGUAGGAGUAGCGAGUCUGAUAGCCACUGUCCUGGCAGAAACCGUGGAUUUGGAGGGGACAUUUGCACGACUGGGGAUGUUUAUACUAGCGGCCAUGUUGGGCCUCAUUACUUUCAUGUUUUGUGUCAUUCCGCUGGUCUACUUUAUAAUUAUACGACGAAAUCCUUUCAACUUUUUCGUCAAUCUCAUACGACCUUUUAUGAUAACAUUCGCCACUGCUAGCUCAGCUAUAGCCAUUCCAGACACCUUAUAUUUCAUGGAACACAAGAACAAAAUUGACAAACGCAUAACGCGCUUUGUCGUUCCAUUCUCGUCCGCUUUGAAUAAAUCAGGCAGCGCCCUCUAUAUCGCAGCUUCUUGUGUGUUCAUCUGUCAGUUGGAAGGGGUUGAAACAAACUUCCCAAAAGUUUUAAUUAUAAUCAUACUCACAGCAUUGUCCACGUUUGCCGUACCGUCGGUUCCCAGUGCCGGCAUUGUAACAAUAAUUAUCUUGCUGACCGCCAUGAAGAUUCCGUCUGAAGCUGUAAGCCUCCUGCUCGCUAUUGAAUGGUUCCUUGAUAGAUGCCGUACCGCCGGAAAUCUUUACAGCCAGAAUCUAUGUGUUGCCGUCACUCAAAAGUUUGCAAAUCUACCACCGCCGGAUACUACCGACGACAGCGGUUUGGACGUUAUGGAUUAUGACUUUGAGAUAGUAGUCGGAAGUGAUAAAGAAACCAGGAGUUCCGCCGACGGUAUUACUAAACUUCCUCCGGAAUCUGAGAAAUUGAUAAAUCCCGUCGGUAGUAACAAUAAUAUGAACAAUUGUAAUGACAUCAUGAACAAUGACAGAAUGAUCGACGAGAGUGUUUGAUUAGAUUGCUUCUGUUUGGGAACAAUACGCUUUCCUCUAGGACUGUUUGAAGCGCUGCCACACUGUGCUUUUGAUGCACGUUGUUUUCACGAAUUGGAGCAAUGAUAAAUAAAUAUACCCAUAUUUAUAAUUGUUAAACUUAUUGACACUAUUGCAAAGUUUUAAUUAAUUUACUUGUUGAGAUGUAAUAUCAAAAAUCAAACCUGUAUUUGACUAAGAAAAAAAGAUCAGAAAAUGAACUUUGAACAGAAAUCCUGCAGUGAAAUAUGCACCAAAAACUGUACAAUCACUGACUGCUCCAACACAAACAUUAAGUUGCGCUGAAACCCUAGCGAUUGCCUGAGCUUGCAUGAUUGUUUGUGUGAUUGUAAGAUAGAAAGUGGUCGUUAUUUUGACAACAUGUUAAUAUUUAUGAACAAGGUUUAAACAUAGAGAGUUAUGUGCAUUCCGUCGAUUCAUAUACUAUAUUCAUACAUGUAUUAAAUCUGUAUCUUCCAUUGAAGUAACUAUCUCAGUCUAUGACGGGGUAAAAUCUAAUGAUAUUAAGAUGUUUUCCGUAAUGUAUAUGCACAUAUUGUUUAUGAACAACUGUUUCAAAAAUAAAGGCAAUUUUAAUGUGUAAGACAUUUUCUGAAACGCA